GUCCGGAGCGCGCCACACCGUAGAGGCGCGCCGGGGAAGUUGCGUGCAGGUCGGUGGCAAGUUUUGCAGGCUGCGCACUCGAAAGGACGCGCUGCGCAGCCGGAUCGCUGACGGAGAGGAGAGCGCUAGGAGAUCCACGCGGGCUCCAGAGGGUUGGAGCUGAAGGAGCUGCUGCUGCUGGCAGAGAAGAGCCAGCUCUCUGUGCAUUUCGCCCAUCUCCUCCGGCAGCUGCUUUUUCAAUGUUGGAUACAGUUUUGCUGCUCCCGUCAGGCUGAAAUCAUCCAGGGUCAGGACCUCCCUCAUGGCAGCCGUGCUCCUCGGGCUGCUGCUUUUUGCGUUGCAGUCCCCUCCCGUGCCCUCCAGGCCGCUGGCUGUUGUGGGGACGUCUCCGCCUCCCACAUUCUUGCCAGCUGACAAUGGCACCACCAGUCACCCCAACGGGACCCUUCAGCAGCUCCCUCAGAUUAUAAUCAUUGGCGUGAGGAAGGGGGGAACUCGGGCGCUUAUCGAGAUGCUCAGCCUGCACAGCGGGGUGGCAGCGGCUCAGAACGAGGUGCACUUUUUUGACUGGGAGAGCCACUUUCAGAGGGGCCUGCCGUGGUAUCUCAGCCAGAUGCCUUACUCCUUCCCCGAGCAGCUGACAGUAGAGAAGACGCCAGCGUACUUCACGUCCAGCAAAGUCCCGAAACGGAUCCACAGAAUGAACCGUGACAUCAAACUGCUGCUCAUCCUGAGAGACCCCACCGAACGGGUGCUCUCCGACUACACACAGGUUUUCUACAACCGCCUCCAAAAGCACAAGCAUUAUCAGCCCAUCGAGUCGUUGCUGGUAAAGGAUGGCGAGAUCAACCUGGGAUACAAAGCUCUGAACCGCAGCUUGUACUACCGUCACAUGCAGAACUGGCUGCAGUUCUUCCCCCUGGAGAGCAUUCACGUGGUUGAUGGGGACGAGCUGAUCAGAGACCCAUUACCGGAGAUGAAAAAGGUGGAGCGCUUCUUAAAGCUGGAGCCUCAGAUAAACACGUCCAAUUUCUACUUCAACAAAACAAAGGGAUUCUACUGUUUGAGAGACCACGGACGGGAAAGGUGUUUACAUGACUCGAAGGGGAGAGCUCACCCGCAUGUGGCUCCUGCGGUGCUGCACAAACUCCACCUGUUUUUCCAUGAACCCAACAAGAAAUUCUUUGAGCUGGUGGGAAGAACGUUCAACUGGAAGUGAACUUCCAGCCUUCCGUGUUGACUCAAUCGGGGAAAAGUCGCCACAGACGGUCCGGUUUCCUCAUUGAAGAUGAAGAAAAGGACACAAAGCUCUUGUCACAUUUAUUCAUAAUAUAUUUUUGUAUUUGUUGGUUAGUUUUAGAAGCGUGAUCGAGCCAAACAUCACAUCACACUUAAGAUUUUUUGCAAACAUUGUUAAAAACACCCCCUCGCCUGUCACCUAAAAACAAAGCUGAGCUAAAACAAGCACUGAGCAGAUUUCUGUUAUCAAUGCUCUUUUUAACAUAAAAACUGAAUUUGGAGACAUUUACCUGCCGUAAUCAUUUAGGGUGUUUCCCCGUUGGGAAAAGGCCAAGAUAAACGCAGUUUUGUUAGUUUUUUUUUUGUUUUCUCAUGACUUCUCUAUGAAUGUGAAAGUGUAAAAAUCAGUUAUACAAUGGGCGUGUCCUGUAAAUAUUUUUAAGCGAAUAAUUAAUAUCUUAAUAAAGAUGUAUUUUAUUUUUUAGCA